AUGGGAUCCGAGGAACAAAGGCGCAGAUGGGAGUACUGGUGGAUUGCUCUAUGUUUAUGCUUCGGACAGCAGAUUUCAGCCCAAUUAAGAUACACUAUUCCAGAGGAGGUCAAAGAGGGAUCUGUUGUGGGAAAUAUUGCGAAGGAUUUGGGUCUUGAUGUCAACGCAUUAGUGGAUAGACGGUUUCGUAUUGUUUCUGGAUCUGAGGACUCGCUUUUCAAGGUAAAUUCGAACAAUGGCAUUUUAUAUGCGCAUAAACGCAUCGACAGAGAGGAGCUUUGUGACGGAAAUACGGCCUGCAUUGUGAACAUUAAGACAGUCGUUGAAGAUCCUUUAGAGGUCCAUUAUGUUGCAGUUGAGAUAACAGAUGUGAACGAUCACUCUCCUCGAUUUACAGAGGAAAACCAAAGAAUCGAAAUCGCGGAGAGCACCCAGCCAGGAGCGCGCUUCCAGUUACAAGCUGCGCGCGAUCCAGAUAUUGCCAUGAAUUCUGUGCGAUCAUACAAGUUAAGCCAAAACGAACAUUUUGACUUAGAAAUAAGGGACAGAGGCGACGAAAAAAAUCCCUUUUUACUUUUACGUAAAUCACUUGAUCGAGAGCAUCAGGCCGAGCAUCGUUUAAUAUUAACAGCCAUUGACGGUGGGAGUCCACCUAAGUCAGGGAUAUUAAAUAUAACCGUCACGGUUCUCGAUAUCAAUGACAAUCGCCCUGUAUUUAGUCAAGAGGUUUACUCUGUUAAUUUACAAGAAAAUGUAAAAGCUGACACCGUUGUGAUAAAAGUUAGUGCUACUGACAUUGAUGAAGGGUUGAACGGUGAAGUGCGUUACACUCUUGGUGGCAAUCUAAAUAGUAAAAAUAAUGAUAUUUUUGUCCUGGACAGUGUCUCGGGAGAAAUUCGAGUUAAGGAUAAAAUCGAUUUUGAAGAUGUCGAGGUUUAUAAACUAGAUGUGUUCGCUUCUGAUAAGGGGACCCCGCCAAUGACAGUAGACUGCAGAGUUGUAGUGAAAAUCCUAGAUGUGAACGAUAACACCCCUGAAAUAGAGAUUACAUCACUUUCUAAUGUUAUUGCGGAAGAUUCAAAACCUGGAACUGUUAUUUCACUCAUUAGCGUGUCAGAUAAAGACUCUGGUGCAAACGGCAAAGUUGUGUGCACUUUGUCUUCUAAUGUGCCAUUUGAACUUAAAUCGUCUGUUCAAGACAAUAUGUAUUCCUUGGUAACCAAAACGCUUUUAGACAGAGAAGCGAUGUCUCAAUAUGAGAUCACAAUAACUGCAACAGACCUAGGUCAGCCUCCUCUGACCACGGUAAAAACACUAACGGUACGAGUAUCAGAUGUAAAUGACAACAGUCCUACUUUUAUUCAAAAUCCCCUCGAACUCUAUCUAAUGGAAAACAACGUCCCAGGUGCCUCUAUAUUAUCUGUAACCGCGUUUGACAAAGACAUGAAUGAUAAUGCUUUAAUUUCAUAUCACGUAAUUAGAGGUGACGGUACACAGAAUGAUAUGGCUUCAUUCCUGAACAUUAAUUCAGAAACAGGCGUAAUUCAUGCGCUAAAAAGUUUCGACUUUGAAACUGUGAAAACUUUUCAGUUCCACGUGCUCGCUACAGACUCUGGAAGUCCAUCUCUGAGCAGUAACGUGACAGUGAACGUGUUUAUUCUGGAUCAGAACGACAAUGUUCCAGUGAUCUUAUAUCCAGUCAGUGCUAACGGUUCUGCUGAGGGUGUGGAGGAGAUUCCCCGCAAUGUGAACGCAGGUCAUUUGGUGACUAAAGUCAGAGCCUAUGACGCAGAUAUCGGAUACAACGGCUGGUUAUUAUUUUCACUGCAGGAAGUUAGUGAGCACAGUCUGUUUGGUUUGGACCGCUAUACAGGACAGAUAAGGACCCUUCGCUCAUUCACAGAAACAGACGAGGCCCAGCAGAAACUGGUCAUACUGGUCAAAGACAAUGGGAACGUGUCACUCUCAGCAACAGCGACUGUGAUUGUCAAAGUUGUGGAGCCCAAAGAGGCUUUUGCAGCUUCGGAUGUGAAAAACGCAGUAAAAGACGAGGAGGAAAACAACGUGACAUUUUAUUUGAUCAUCACGUUGGGCUCGGUUUCAGUGCUUUUUCUCAUCAGUAUCAUCGUGUUGAUUGUAAUGCAGUGCUCCAAAUCUACAGACUGUUCAUCCAAGUAUUUACAAGAUGCAAAUUACGACGGGACUCUGUGUCACAGCAUCCAGUACAGAUCUGGAGACAAACGGUACAUGUUAGUUGGACCCAGAAUGAGUAUCGGUUCUACUAUAGUCCCGGGCAGUAAUGGGAAUACUCUAGUGAUACCAGAUCGCAGGAGCAGGAGAGGUUCUGGAGAGGUAAGAGCUCAUAAAAUUAUACUGAAUGUAGCACUCUCUCUGGCCCAUUGUUAUCAGAACUGA